GUUUUUGUCUGGUGAAAGGCAUAAUAAUGUAUCGAUUUUUGUGGUGUAAAUUGGGAGUUAAUCUGAAGAGGACGACUGCCAUCAUCAAUGGAGAAUCUUCUUCUUCAUCAUUAACACCAGCAACAGCUAAGUAUUUUCUAUUCAGAAUACAAGAUCCAAAUGUUUUUGUAAUUUCAAAUUCUAGGGUUACUUCCGCUUUUUCUUCCUUCUCUACUACAGCAACUAGUAAUGUCAAUACCUUUGAUUCUUCAUCAUUUGGGGUUUCUUAUCUGAUUAAUUCAUGUGGAUUAUCUGAAUCUGAAGCCAUUACCGCUUCUAAAAAAAUCAAUUUCAAAACCACUUCUAAUCCCGAUUCAGUAUUAACUUUACUUAAGACUUACGGAUUUACUGAAUCCCACAUUUCUAAAAUUAUCAAUAGGGAACCAAGCAUCCUCUUAUCAAAGCCAGAUAAAACCCUUAAACCCAAACUAGAUUUCUUCAAAUCAAAGGGGCUUUUCGAACACGACCUUACCAGCUUCAUCUCAAGGUCCCCAAGAUUACUGACGCGAUGCUUGAAGAAAGAAAUAGUUCCUUCAUUUGAUACACUUAGGAGCGUUGUUCAGUCUGAUGAAAAUGUCACUAAAAUGAUGAAAAGAAAUCCUCGGAUUAUCAAUACCGACCAAGUUAAAAGAGUGGUGGUUAAUGUAGAGCUUUUGAGAAAUGAAGGCGUCCCUGAAACUAAUAUUCGUAAGGGUUUAACCGCCCAACCAAGAGCGUUUACGGUCAAUGGAUUUAAAGAGAAUCUAGAAAAGGUUAAAGAUAUGGGUUUUGAUAAUUUACAAGCCACAUUUCUUGUAGCUGUGCAUAUAUUGUCAUCGAUGACGGAAGUCAAUUGGAGGAAAAAAAUGGAUGUUUACAAGAGAUGGGGUUGGUCUGAGGUUCAAGUUCAAAGAGCAUUUAGGAAAAGUCCUACAUGUAUGAGGGCCUCUGAAGAGAAGAUUAUGGCAGUUAUGAAUUUCCUUGUGAAUGAUAUGGGUUAUGAUUCAUCAAGUAUUGCUGAAUACGCGGCAGUUGUGAAUUAUAGCUUGAAGCAGAGGGUCAUGCCAAGGUGUUCUGUUAUCAGGAUUCUAGUAUUCAGAGGCCUGAUUAAGGAAAACAUUCCUAUAAGCUCACUUUCAGUAAUGGUAGACAAGUCUUUUUUGGAAAGGUUUGUUAAAAAGUAUGAGGAACAAGUUCCUGGAGUAAUGAAGGUAUUCCAAGGUCAGUUGAAUUACCAAGACCUACUACAGAACUGAAGGAGUUGUUGAGAUGAAUAUGUGGGUGGUUGUUCUUGAAAUUAAAGACUAGUGCAGAUGGUCCAUUUCUGGAUCAGGCAGAAGCCAGAUGAUAUCAAGUACUCGACGUUUUGUUUUUGCCUUGUUAGUUAUGGUGUCAAGCAUGAAGAGGAUUCUAAUUUUUAACAAAAAGAUGCCUGGAAAGCCUGCACUAUCGGUGUUUCAGAAUGAGUAAUGUAUUUGUGAAAGUACUUUAUAGCUUGGGGUUGCCACUAACUACAUUGGCGAGUUCAUGGCUAGCAUCUGCGUUUUAAGUUCAAGGUAAUCCUCCAAUCUGACCCUAAGCUUGUAUAGUAGCUCAUAAGUUGCCUUGGUUCUUGUGGGCAAGAUGGCAAAGUUUCAAUGCACAUUAGAAUAGCAAAUUCUACCUAGUUGAGGCUCGUAUGAUCUCUUGUUCGCUCUCUGUUCAUAGCUUUUGCUUAGCACCAGUACCUGAAAGUAAUUUAUGUUCCGUCUCUACUAGUUAUUUCGAAUUUCAUAUGAAUGCUAUAGUUUUGCCAUCUCACUGUUAUUAGUUAGAAAUGAAAGUAUUAGUCUUAUUAUUUUUA